AUGACGAGCGCCGACGCGCCCGCCACCGCGAUGGUGCGUCUCAGCCAAGACUUUUCAGAUUCUACCGCCCUCUCGCGUCAUCAACAAAUACAUGCGCGACUCGAGCUCGAGAUCCUCGACGUGAGGGAAGAAGUCGCACGCCUGAAAGGCGAGCUGCGACGCGACCAGGAUCCCGCGCGGAUGGGCGUCAUCCAGAAACAGAUUGCGCAUCUCAUGCAGCAGAUCAACGCUAUCCGGGAGAAGGCGGCCGAGGCAGAGGCCAUCGUCAAGAGCAUUACGCAGGACGUACAGCGUCUCGAUGUUGCCAAGCGCAACCUCACGCGGACGAUGCAGACACUCGAGCGGUGGAGCAUGUUGAAACACGCACACAGGCAGCUCAAGGAGCUGAUUCCGACGAAACGGUAUCGCGAUAUGGCAAGCUCGCUGUCGGCAGUAAUGCAGCUCUUCGAGGGGCUCAAGCCACUAACCACCGUCGCCGAAGUUGCUGAGGUCUUCCGCGCAGCCGAGGAGGACAGGCGUACCGUCCAGGAGAUGGUGAACACCGAGAUGGAGGCAUUCUUCCGCAACGACCCUAACCACCCGCCGGACCUGCGCGUAGUCUCAGAGGCCGCGCUGGUCGUGGACGUCCUGGGUGGCGAUUACCGCAAGCACAUCAUCGAACGAUACAUCACCCUCCAGCUGGCGGAGUACCGCCGCAUUUUCCGGAGUACCGACGAGGCGGGGCAGCUGGAUAAUGUGGCACGCCGGUACGCAUGGUUUCGCCGCGUGCUUAAGCACCAUGACGAGGAGCAUGCAGCACUCUUCCCCGCAAGUUGGGAGGUUACGCGGCUGCUCGUGGCGAGCUUUGCGGAGCAGACGCGGGUUGAUCUUGCAAAUGUCCUCGGACGGGGUGUGCCAGAUGUCAACGUUCUUCUGGACGCAUUGCAAGCGACGCUCGACUUUGAGGCCGCCCUCGCGCGCCGGUUCAACAUGCCAUUCGAGGACGUGACAGCCGGCGGGCUCAACUCGUCCUCCAGCACCAAAUGGACCAUCUCGACCAUCUUCGACUCGCAUUUUGGAACAUACGUCGACGCGCAGGACAAGGCGUUAUCAGAAAUGAUGUCGCAGUACCGAGGGGCACGCUCGCGCAGCAGCCUCGAGGGCACACUGCAGGAGACAGAAAAUGCGGGACCGACGAUCCUCCCUUCAUCUACAGAGCUGUUCUAUUUCUACGGGCAGACGCUUGAGCAGUGCAGCAAGUACACGAAUGGGGAUCCCGUCGUCAAGCUCGCUCGUAUCUUUGCCAAGUGGCUCAAGAUCUACAACGACGACGUGCUCCUCGCGGCGCUCAAGAAGGAGCCGACGAUCCGGCGCUCGCUUGAAGGCCGCUCGAGUUUGGCAGAGGUCAAGACGGCGUGUAUGGUACUCAACACGGCUGAGUACUGCGCCAACACGUCCAUGCAACUCGAGGACCGCCUCAAGGACAAGGUCAAGGAGGAGUUGUGCGACUCGAUCGGAUUCGCAGACGAGCGUGAUGGUUUCACCGCCACCAAGGCGCAGUGUAUUGCGACGAUGCUGCGCGAGCUCGAGACCGCGUGCGACCCAGCGUUCGCGGCGAUCCUCAAGACGCCUUGGCGCGACCUCGAGAACGUGUCGGGUCGCUCGGCGUACAUCGUUGACCUGGUGGGGAGCAUCAAGGAGGUCGCGGAGUGCGUGCGUACGCGCAUCGAGAGCAAGAAGUACAUUCGCAACUUUGCCGACAAGGCGGUCGGGCUGGUCAUUGCGCGGUUUACACAGGCGGUUAUCAAGAGCCGGCCACUCAAGAAGAUCGGCGCGGAGCAGAUCCUCCUCGACGUGCAGGCCGUCAAGGCGUGCCUCCUCGACCUCCCCGAACCACAUCCUGAGAACUCGAGCAACGGGUACACGAAAUACGUGACCAAGAACACGGGUCAGCUCGAGACGAUGCUCAAGGUCAUCCUCGCGCCGGAUGAUCCUCCCGAGGGGUUCGUCCAGAACUACUGCCUCCUUAUCGGCGAUAGGUCGUUCACAAAUUUCCAGAAGAUCUUAGACCUCAAGGGCACGGCCCGCUCGGACCAGCAGAAGCUCGUUGACAUUUUCCUCUCAGUGACAGGCACCAAGGACGACUUGACAGACACGUCGUUCCUCACAGGCCUCGACAUGGAUCCCGGGAACGAAAGGGCACAGCACGCGCCCCAGUCACCGGCGAUGCAGACCCUCGGUCCCGGCAGCGUACUCCCUUCCCUUCUGUCGCGGAGCAGUGCCGACUACUCGCCGGACGGGAGUCGCGCAGACACGCCAAAGGCGUUUGGCGACUUCCGGCGCUUCGUAUCGACGUUCGGUAAGCGCGACGGGUAUAUGUAA